CUCUGCUCAGACUACACUGAACUUCCCUCUCUCUGAGCUUCCUCUUCAGAACCACCCAUCGUUUCAGAGACGAUGCCUAUCACUGGAGGCUUAUCUGAGCCUGAGCCUGCCACUCCAGAAAUCCAGCAUAUUGCUGACCAGGUGAAGCAGCAACUUGAAAGCAAGGAAAACACAAAAUACAGCAUGUUUAAAGCCAUACUAUAUAGGUCUCAGGUGGUUGCUGGGACAAACUACUUUAUCAAGAUGCAAGUUUCCGAUAACAGCUAUAUCCACCUGAGGGUGUUUCAGAGACUUCCUUAUGAGAACCAGGGUCCCACCCUUGACGGUUUUCAGACUGGCAAAACCAGGGACGAUCCUCUGACGUACUUCUGAGGGAAAACGAGGAAUGGUGCCUCGCUUCUGCAAGUUGCAUGUCAUUGCUGUCUCUGCCAGUAAAUGCAAGGAAAUAAAAUAACUUCUGAAAGCUA